CUCCAUUCCCAGCCGUUCUUGAAACGACAGGGUCAGGAGCCACUAUUCAGCUGCCACGAUGCAGCCUUCCAAUUCGUCCACAGAGCGAUCCAAUCCCCCACCGCGGCGGAAGUCCUGUGAAGCAUGCAAAAACGCCAAGCGACGCUGCGAUCUCGCCUUUCCGGCCUGUUUUCGAUGUGCGCGAAGGAAUUUGACCUGCGUUUACCCCGGCAAUCAGCCGGCGGUAUUCCAGGAGCCGGUACUGGAUAUCCUCGCGAUGAUAGAGCAGUCGCAGGAUCCACCGCCAGUUUCUUCCGUGGGAUCCCAAUGUCUCCCCGAAUUCAACCUCUCAGCGUUGUCGGAUCUAGAACUUCGUCAAUGCACUAUGCCGGAUCCGGUGAUUGAUUAUUCUCUGCCUACUUCGCCAGACAUUUAUCACACAUAUCACCAAUCCAUUGUACAAACACCGAGGACCGAAUCGGUAAUACUGCGAACAAGGUCAUCGACUCCGAUCUCGAGCGUCAUAGCCCAGCGACUGCAAUUUUCCAUCGACAUGCUCAAAGAUGCCCCGCGCAUGAUGGUUCUGGAGAACCAGACCCCGUGGUGUCAUCGUCAGCUCUAUAAAGACGGAAUGCCUCGGUCUAUGCAGGAUGCCUUCUCUUGCUGCGCCAUGUACAUGGCAAGGAACGAGGUAAACGCUCCAAUCAUAUUAGCUUCCUUCAAAACGCGCAUCCAGGAUCUCCUCUCUUCCAGUCCCCCCACGACCCCCUUGGAGGCCCUGGCCCACACUCAGGCCUUGAUCCUCUACCAGAUAAUGCGCCUCUUCGACGGAGACAUCCAGGCCCGAGCAUCUGCAGAACCCCUCAUCUCGACUUUAGAAUCAUCAGCCCUCUCACUCCUCCAAUACGUCCACUUCCCGGACCCAUUCGAGCCGGAAGCCAUCUUCCCUGGAUCCAUCGAGCCCGUCAUGGAGUUCUGGACCUCAUGGGUCUUCCAGGAAUCCGCACGGCGCACGGUCCUAGUCACCUUCUACUUCACCCAGAUCUAUCGACUCCUCCAUGAUGACCCGAACAUGCAGUGUGAUGGUCGACUGGGGCUCGUGCAUUCCUGGUACUUCUCGGCGGGCCUGUGGCACGCCCAGAGCGCGUUCGACUUUGCGGUGGCCUGGACGGAAAAGGAGCAUUUUGUGGUCUACGACGCCAACUUCACGGACGUGUUGCAGCGGGCGCGGCCUACGGAUGUGGAUCUGUUCGGGCGGAUGCUCUUGAGUGCGGUUUUGGGCAUCGACGAGGUUCGGGCGUGGUUUUACUCGAGGGGAGCGAUUCUCUAGGCUUUGUGGGAUGGGCUCAUAUCCGAGCGGUAUUAAUAGCUACGAGGGAAGUGUUCAGAUGAUAUUCUACAUCGGAACAACUGACCGCAUUUCCGGGAGUACAGAUUCACUUGACUUCGGGAUUUAUCCAGACGAAUGACCUAGACCGUUCAGGUUGGAUUUUGCCGAUGAUGUCGGUAUUCUUCUCCAUGUGGGAUGCAUAUCGCCCAUGCCGUCCUCGCUGCCUGCAGAACGUUCACUCUGACCCAUGGCCCUCCAUCUCUCCCAUGUCCUCUAGGAUACCCCACAGACAGGACAUUAAUCCAAAGCCACCGGUUCUAUUCCGUUCUCAAAGCGGACUAGACUGACGAAGAUGCAUGCACGCCACUCCAGGAUCAUCUCCGUGGGGAAAUAAGACUAGUCCUGCAGAACACUUUAAUCGCAACUCAUCUGCC